UCCGUUUUAGUCGCAUUUAUUACCUCGGCGCGAAAACAUGUCUCCAUUAAUUCAAUAUAAAUUGUACGAAAAUAUAUUUAUAGAAACGAACAUACAGUCUCCGGAUUACGAUGGUGUUAUACUAAUAGUGUAUCCCGAAGAAUUGAAUAUAUCUUUGCCGCGACAUAUUGGAAGUUUUGUUGAGGGCAUUCGUAAAUUAGAUAAGCAUAUACACAAAGUCGCGACAGUUUGGCAUUGUGAUUACGUUUCAGGAGGGCGUAUAAUACUCGCUCCGACUGGGAAUAUCACACCAUACCACGAUGCCAGUGUUAUUAAAGAUGCGGUAAAGAAAGGAAUGUUACGAGCAUUAGACGCGGGUGUGAAAAAACCCUUAUUAGUAGUACAGGAUGUUGUAAAUUUCCCGGACGGUCAACUGAUCGGCAUCCUAGGUGCGUUAGAAGCGUUCUACAUACCUUUACAGAUGCGAGAAAGGGAUGAUACGAAGAAUUUUAUCAGAUUAGGAUUGUAUGCAGAAGAGAAGAAGACGGAAGACUUCGAGAGGGUAAUAAGAAAUGCUAUAGCUUUAGAAAGAUCUAGAAUUAUGACUAGAGAUAUCGCUGGAGGUGAUCCGGAGAGGAUGUCGCCCGCAAAUAUAGUGGAAUAUAUUAAAACCUCCUUCGCUGGAAUUACUAAUAUCACCAUUAAAGUGAUAGAUGAUGAAAAAAUAAUAGCACAGGAGUAUCCUCUUUUAGCUGCUGUUAACCGUGCAGCAAAUCACGUUGACAGACAUAAAGCGAGAGUUGUAGAAUUGGAGUACAAACCCCACGAUUCGAGUAGAGUGACUGAAACUCUGAUGUUGGUUGGAAAAGGUGUGACUUAUGACACAGGUGGUGCUGAUAUUAAGAUUUCUGGUAAAAUGGCUGGAAUGUCAAGAGACAAAAGUGGAGCUGCCGCCGUGGCUGGUUUUCUAAAAGCCUGUUCCAUUCUUAAACCACCACAUUUGAAAGUGAUAGGAGUACUUUGUCUUUGUAGGAAUUCUGUUGGUUCGGAUUCUUAUGUCUCUGAUGAGCUAUUAGUUUCAAGAAGUGGGAAGACAGUUAGGGUUACUAACACAGAUGCGGAAGGGCGUCUGGCGAUGGCUGAUGCGUUGUUCAAGUUGUCAGAAGAAGCAGGUAAUGCAAUGAACCCACAUUUAUACACAAUAGCGACUUUAACAGGCCACGCGAGAGCUUGUUACGGAAACUAUGUUGCUGCGAUGGAUAACCAUAGCGCGAGAGCGACAAACCAUUCAGCUAGACUGCAGUUCAGCGGUGGCAGGAUGGCAGAAGGUAUAGAAGUAUCAACAAUCAGACCUGAAGAUCUUACAGUGAAUGUUGGCAAAUGUAAAGGCGAUGAUCUUGUGCAGUACGAUACGGAUGCGAAAUGUCGUAAUCACCAGUUAGCAGCAGGUUUUCUUAUCAAAGUUGGAGGUUUGGAAGAUAAGAACAUAAAGUAUACUCAUUUAGAUAUAGCUGGGGCAGCUGGGAUACCUCCUGAAGAGCCAACAGCGAUACCAGUGUUGACACUUUGUCAUGCCCAUAAAGUUUUAUUGUAAAGACCAGCAGUACCAGCUGUAGUGUAAGGCGAAGUAUCUCGACCGCCCAGGGCAUAAAAGGGCGU